GGAUUCGGGAUUUUUAGAGAUCGGUCCUGUCCACAGAUCCCCACUGCCUUUAUCGUCAUAGCUAUCCGGCUUCCUUUGACCCCUUCCGCAAAGUUCAAGCUUCCCGCCGUAGAAACCAAGAUUGGUCUACCUAUUUGCUCCCUUCUCCUAACCGCCAGGACAUUCAGAUAAUUACCAGAUGCACGUACGAAUGGACAAACUUACACUGCGUGGAAAAGUGGGGAUUCCAAGCUACAGGGAAGAGGAGGGAAAGGUGGAUUCUGUGACAGUUAAUGUUGGUGGUCAAUCGAUUGGAUCUGGAAUCAAGGAGAAGGCAAAACUGCUGAGCACUCCUGUGGGAUUUCCUUGGUCAGAUUAUUUGAAGUGGGAAUGUGCACACUGCCUUCGGGUAGUAGCCCGUACAAAAGGGAAAUGGAAGAAGGAAACUGCUUGUGGCCCGUUUGCCUUCGCUUGCUGAUAAGUCGUCCAUCCGGUUACUGCACUGUGGAGUUCAUUUGCUAACAUUAGAACCAGCCUCUUCCAGCUUCCAACUCAGACUAACGCCCAAUAGCUAUCCAGGAACCCUCCAGGCCUUCAGCACCGGAUUGGGAUUGCUGAAACACCCAUCCUUGUGGACUGAGCAACUACCAUUGUUGGCCUGCCUAGGCAGUAUCAAGUAGCUUCAUGGCUGCUCCAGAUGGUUCACAGGAUUCACAGGAAACUUCCUAUCUGCUCCCUCUGAAGCCUGAGGUCUGGGAGGAGCAAGGCAUCCCGGACUUUGUCUAUGGACAGAAAGACCUCGUCGGGAAGGGAAUCCAAUGGCCAGGGAAUGCAGGCCUCGCCCUGGACUCACUGCCACGGUCCCGCUUUGACUCUGCUCUCUGUUCUGCAUGGAAGCAGCGAGUGGAGCUGGGCCUCUUUCGAUACCGCCUGGAAGAUCUGCAGACCCAAAUCCUCCCUGGUUCCGUGGGCUUUGUAGCUCAGCUGAAUGUAGAACGAGGAAUACAGAGGAGGCCACCCCAGAAUAUCCAAAGUGUGAGGCAGGAGUUUGAUCCCGAACAGUUUAACUUCAAUAAAAUCCGACCUGGAGAAGUCCUUUUCCGUUUGCGACGACGGGAGCCCGAUGGCCCAAAGCAAGAGGACAUCCUUGUGCUGAUCAAUGUUAGCCCCCUGGAGUGGGGGCACGUGCUGCUGGUGCCUGAGCCUGCUCUUGGGCUCCCCCAGCGCCUGCUGCCUGGGACACUGCGGGCGGGGCUUGAAGCUGUGCUACUGAGUUUGCACCCAGGCUUCCGGGUCGGCUUCAACAGCCUGGGAGGUUUGGCCUCUGUGAACCAUCUCCACCUGCAUGGGUACUACCUGGCCCACCCACUGCCUGUGGAGGGCGCCCCAAGCACACCUCUAGACCCAAAGGGCUAUAUCCAUCUGCUGCAGGCCCUCCCAGCCCCUGGCUUCCUCUUCUACACUAGUGGGCCAGGGCCUGACAUGGAAGGCUUAAUUCGCAGGGUAUGCCGGGCCACUGACUAUCUGAGUAACCAUGAGAUUGCACAUAAUUUAUUUGUGACCCGGGGCACUCCACCCGGGCCAGCAUCAUCUUCCGCAGGCCUCACUGGGCUCCGAGUCAUCCUGUGGGCCCGGAAAUCCAGCUUUGGAAUCAAGGAAAGUGGGGCUUUCAAUGUUGCACUCUGUGAGCUGGCUGGCCACCUACCUGUUAAGACAUCCCAGGACUUUGGCAGCUUGACAGAGGCAGCUGCGGUGGCCCUCAUUCAGGACUGUCUGCUGCCCCAAGCUCAGGCAGAGGAGGUGCAGGCAGCGCUUGUGGCCCUGAUGGCCCAGGAAGAGCUGUGAUUCUUCAGGAGUUUCUUCUUUCUUGAUUCGAGGCCCUUUCCAAAGGCUGCUAAUCACUGGUAUUUGGGCAUCUCUUGUAUGACGGCCUUCCCACUGCUCAACUCAAGGACUGAGUAUAAAGAAUGGAUAUAGUCCCAGGAAUGUUCCAGCUGCUUCUCCCCUCCCUUAGACAAGCCCCAGGGGUAACCACUCUACCAUUGAGGGCCAGAUAGAUCACUCCCUGGGGGAAGAGUGCUUGCUGCCAAGCCUGUAGACCUGAGUUCAACCUCCAGUGCCCAUGUGGUCCAGGUUGCCCUCUGACUUCCACACACACACCAUGGCAUACACACACAUACAUGUACACACAGAUAAAAGUAAAUGUAUCUCAAAUAAAGUAAAUGUGCCAGGUGGUGGUGAUACAUACCUUCAAUCCCAGCCUGGGGUGGGGGUGGGGGCAGCAGAGGCAGGGAGAUCUCCAUCAAUUCCAGGAUAGUGUGACCUACAGAUCAAGUUCAAGGCAGUCCAGGCUACACAAAGAAACCCUUUUUCAGGUGGAGGUCUCCUAAUUAAAUUAGGAGGUGUGAGUUUCCCAUUCCUGGCUGCUAUCUGGACUUUGUCUUUUGGUGAGAGUCACUGGCCUCUGUUUUGGUGGGUUAUGGAUGCACCCAGCUACCGUUUCCUUAUCUGACCUUUGCUCCUGCCCUUUCCCCACCACUGACUGCCUUUUUUUUUUCCUUAAUAAAUGGAGUCUGCUCUGUU